CCCCCCGGUCGGUCCAUCAUGGCUCAGCGCUCCGCUCACCUCGUCGUGCCCAUCGCGCUGCUGCUCUUCGGGCUCGUUGCCAUCCUGCUGCUCACGAUCCCCGCCGAAGACGUCCAGGAGCCGCCCGGGUUCAUGUAUGGGAUAGUCCUGGAUGCUGGAUCUUCACACACAGCUUUGUAUAUUUACAAGUGGCCAGCAGACAAACAGAAUGGCACAGGAGUGGUCACCCAGCACAGCGAAUGCCAUGUUAAAGGCGGAGGGAUCUCGAGCUAUGCAGGCCAACAGGGAGCAGCAGGGCAGAGCUUGGAGGUUUGUCUCGACCAGGCGGUGAAGGACAUCCCUAAAGACCGGCAUCGGCUCACACCUGUGUACCUGGGAGCCACAGCUGGCAUGAGGCUUCUGCAUAUUUCCAGUCCGGACCAGUCGGUUCAGAUUCUGCAAGAAGUGGGUCACAAAAUCCACUCAUACCCUUUCAACUACCAGGGAGCUGCGAUACUUAGCGGUCAAGAAGAAGGAGCAUAUGGCUGGGUUACUGUCAACUAUCUCUUAGAGAACUUCAUUAAGUAUGGCUUCGAGGGCCGCUGGUUCAGCCCCAGCAGGCCGACAGUGGGAGCGCUUGAUUUUGGCGGAGCGUCCACGCAGAUAACAUUUGCCACUGAAGAGAAAAUCGAGGACAAACACGUGAUGAAGCUGCGUCUCUACGGCCACGAAUAUUCUCUGUACACUCACAGCUUCCUGUGCUACGGCCAGGACCAGUUCCUCAAGAGACUGAUGGCUCAUAUCAUAAAGUCUCAGGGUUACUCGGACUCAGUCACCCACCCCUGUUUUCCUGCAGACGUCAGCAGGGUGUUGAAGUUCAAUGGUAUAUUUGAUUCUCCAUGUACUGCAAAGUACAAACCCAGCUCGUACGACCCUCAGGCCUCUCUGACAGUACACGGCAGCGGAAAUUACCAGCACUGCCUGGGCAACGUUUCUGAGCUGUUCUCCUUCAGCGGCUGUAAAUUCUCCCAGUGCUCCUUCGACGACGUCUUCCAACCAAAUGUCACCGGCGGCUUCAUGGCGUUCUCUGCCUUCUACUACAUUCACUCCUUCCUGCAGAGAGUUACUGGCGUCACUGUUAGAACUCCGACAGAACUGGACGAGACAGCAAAGGAAGUGUGCAGCAUGAGUUUCAAUGAGAUGAUGCUUCGAGCUCCAGAUCUGAAGUCUCGUUUGCUGAAUUAUUGCGCUGCCUCCGUGUUUAUGGAGAUUCUGCUGCUGAGAGGUUACGGCUUCAACGACGCCUCAUUCCAACGCAUUUCCUUCCAGAAAAAGGCUGGAGACGCCUCGGUCGGCUGGGCUUUGGGCUACAUGCUGAGUUUGAGCAACAUGCUGCCUGCAGAGCGAAUGGAGCUGAGGAAGGCUUUGACCCCCGGAGCUUGGGGAACCCUCAUCUUCCUCUUCGUGCUGCUCCUCGCCGCCGUCCUGGUCUUCAUCUUAUUCCGAGUUUGCGACGUGAGGAAGAAGAAAGGAAGCAGUGAAAGCAACAUCUAGACACUGCAGCGGAAACAACAGCAGGACAGUGAUGUGUUUCGGCUCUGCGCUCGAAUACGUUGAAUCUUAAACAGAAACGGAAGGUGAAAGAUGGAUUUCAGUUAAUUUUUUUUAUUUUAAGUGUGUGCAUAUAAUGUUCCAGCUCUUUUCUAGUCCAACAAUCUUAAACUAAUGCGGCAAAAACAGUGUGUGCUGUUUUUAAUUACUGCAAAGGACACCAAAGACAUAAAUAUGAUUAAUUCUGCAACGUAAAAUUGAUCAGUGUGCACAGAAACGACAGCAGCUCCUCCACUGUCCAGUUAAUUUGCAUGUAAAUGGUUCAAAUAUAACCUGUUGUUUAAUUUUAUUUCCACAACGCCGGAGUGCAGAGCCAACACAGCAGAAAAAAGUGACCAAACACUGUCUCACUGACUGUAACAAACCCCUGGCGGCGUAAGUAGCACAGCAGAAGCCUGAAUGUAAUAUUUUUUUAUUCUCGAAAUGUCAAACCAACUUUUAGUUGUUUGUGUGUGACUUUUCUCUGAAACCCUGUACAAUAAAAUGAAGCACAUUGAGGAGUUUA